CUGCAGCCCACGCGGCUCUCCUGUGCACCGGCGUUCGGCUCAUGCUUCCGACAAACUCUAAUUCAGCAUACCUCCUCUUCGCGUUCAGUCGCGUUCUGGACACGAACAACAUGUGCACGCCAUGAUGUCGGCCGAGGAUUAUGGCACACGCAGCAACACUGGACAAGCUCGCCGGUGGGCUUGUCACCGCCAUCACCGGCCGGACUGAGAACGACGCCAACUACAAGCGUUCAAAAACCCAAGCGGUCAAGGGACUACGAGACAAGAGCCAUGCUCGAACGAACCAGUUCGCCAUCAGUGCCAAAUAUGAUGGUCUGCUAGAAAAAUUUGCUGUCUUGAACAGAGAGGAUCUUGCGGGUGCGCUGCAAACACGACUCGAACAACUGCCUGCUGGAUCGCAAUGGAUCCCAGAAGUGCUUUCGGUAUUCCUGGAACUUUCGGAUCGACCUACAGCCAGAACGAUCCUCAGUCAUGUAACUGUAGGCGAUGAUAGCCCAGAAACUAGUGUGCCAUUGACCUGGGAAGAAAUCAUCGCGGAGGAUCCGCUUGACGAGCCAGGCAUAUGGGAGGAUGUUGAUCGCGGCUAUCACUCGAGCGCUGAUGAACACACUGACCUCGAGGACGAAUCCGAUCAGACGGUAUCGACUGUCGCGACGUCCACUGACGAUGACCCGAGCUCCAACGCAAGACUUCAUCUCACAGUGCCACGUGAGAGCGCGGUCUCGGCAAUUCGUGAGGCACAGCAAGGCUUGCAAAGUGGGCAGUACGAUCAGCCGCACGUCGUCAGUGAGCUGACUCUGGUACGUGAGAUGCUACUCAUGCUGCAUGGCCUCCCGACAGAGCUGUUUCCAGUCGACAAGGCUACCGGCCGCGUGACCGUCUCACAAAAACUGCAGCUUGCAACAGCAAGCACCACUUCUCUCGUCCACGUUGUCACUACGACUGUCAAGAGUGCAUCGGCGCUGAAUUAUCUGCGCGCCUGGGUGAAAAGCUCGCAGUCUCUUCUAUAUGUCCGUGCAGUCCAAACUGCCACACAGAGAAUGCUGGCUAUCUUCACUUCUCGACUAGCUGCUUUAGAAAAGCGAUACAUCGACCCGAUGAUGGAUACUAUCGUGAGCAUCAACGAUACAACAACACAGGCGCAGAAUGCAGCCACCGCAUUGGUUCAGCUGUCCACCAUAGUGCAAGUGGCAGCUCUUUCUACUGGUGGCGGGCAGCAAAUUGUACUGCUAGACACUUUGUACAAUGAAGCUUGCCUUGCGCAGCUCUCUGGCGCUACAGAAACCUUCGAUGCCUUGGCCACAGUAUUUCUUGCUGGAUUGUGCGCAUAUUUGAAGCCGAUUGCUGCAUGGAUGAUGUCCGGCGAGGCAGUCGCCACCUACCACGAUGUUCCUCUGGUGGUUGCUACAAAUGAAGAUUGCGACGUCGCUCAAAUAUGGAACGGCCAAUUUACGAAGAACACCAAAGCUGAUGGCUCUGCGUUUGUGCCGAAGUGUAUCGACAUCUAUGCUGACAGACUCUUCGCGCUCGGUAAAAGCCGUGCUUUUCUGAAUCGUCUACAUCCCGGUCUGAAUGAGAUUACGAAUGAGGCAGCAGAUAUGCCCACAAUUAGUCAUCAGCAGGUCACAGACUCGCUCGUCUCGUUUUCUCAGAUCUUGGAUGACGAACUAUCAGCGUGGAUCGCCAAAGUCGGCCAUGACUGUACUCCCUUGCUCCUCAAAAGCCUCAGAGAAGAACACGGUCUGUCUUCAACCAUAUUAGGACUUCCGAUGAUCUUCUUCUCCGGCAAUGGCAUCGCCUUUCGAGAUUUCGCCGAUGCUGUGGUCAAACGCAUUGUGGUCAAAGGGGAUUCAAAAGCCUGGAACGAUCGCUUCAUGCUGGUAGAGCUGGCGCGGACUUCAAUCGGCACAUGUGGCAAUGUUGAUCCGAACUGUAUCCAAGUUGAUACACCUUCUGGUGAGGUAGGCACAAUCUCGACAUCUACUACUCGUCUUCUGAAUUCUUUCACGCUGGAAUACAUUCUCGCAUGGCCUCUUCAGAAUAUCACAGGCUACAGGACGUCCAACACGCAUGCCAAGGUCUUUUCUUUCCUGCUGCAAGUCCAUCACGCGAGCAGCCUGAUGACAAAGGGCUUCUUCAAGCUGCGGUCGGAGCAACAGCAAUCGACACUGGAUCUGGCGCUACGUCAACGAUUGUUGUGGUUCACUGACACUCUACACUUCUUCAUUGCUACUACCGCCAGCACCAUUCACCAAGACAUGGCACAAUCGAUGGAUGUAGCAUCGGAUAUUGACGCUAUGGUGUCCAUCUGGCAAGAAUACGAGACCAGACUACAGAUGAGUCUCUUAUUGUCCCCCAAGCUUGAGCCUGUGAGAGAUGCGAUCACGGGAAUUCUGGAGCUCAGCGAGACGCUUGCGAGGACAACCCGAUUCAGCAGUAUCGCUGCGCUGCAGGAUCAAUUCGAUCAAAGCUUGAAGUUCCUGGUUGCCGGAUUACGUGGGCUAAGCAGAGCUGGGGGAGAGCUGGCUUUGGAAUCACUUGCCGACAGGCUAGAAUGGACUCCUCCUUGAGAAGCGUGACGACCGCGUGCCGUACCGUUCUGCUCCCUCGCUACGGUGCCAAGGUCAGCCAUGUGAACGGGCUGCCAAAUCAGGAAGGCACAUGCGAAGCGAGACGAGGUCGCGCCAAGCACAAGACUAGGAUAUGACCAUCCACCUCGCUACCCAUCACUCCUCGCGAGCCACCGUAUUUGUUGCAUCGCACUUCGCCGAGUACACAGCAUCCACUGCUUGAGCCAGCACAUCACCUUUCUAGACCCAAUACAAGAAAG